ACUCUCCAUCUCUUGAACGGGAUAUAAUGAAAUGGAAUAGAAUCAGUCAGUCAGAAGAGGCCUAUGAUGAUUAUUUGUCUCACACUGGUAAUAUAAAGAUUUAGGGUGUUUCAUGAAUCUUAAUUUAAAGCACCAGUGGUGAGCUCAAUUGAAAAGCCGGUAAGAAAAUGAAUAGUCAAGACCUUUGUUGUUUAGCUCCUGAAAGUUUUCUAUCAGAUCUUCUUGUAUGUAACAUGUGUGUUAAAAAUUAUUAUUUAGAAAGUAAUGCAAGGGGGGAAAGAGGAGGAAAUAGGUGUUUAGGAAUAAAAAGAAACAAAGAAAUUUUAUUUUUUUUAAAAGUUGAAUUGAAAAACAGAAGGGGAAAAAACCUUAUCAGUAGGAAAUGUGAAAUAGAGUAAAAGUAAUUCUUAAACUUUCUUAUUUUCACCCUCCCUGAGGACUUCUCUUCCACCCGCACCUCUGACAGUCAUCACUGAGAUGCUCUUUUUUUUUCUGAAAAAGAGGAAGGAAAAACCAUCAGCAGCUGUCCUCAUCCUCGGUGACAAAGUGAGUGAAGAAAGGGAAGUGUUUACGCCCUGACUUGGAGAGAGCAGGGCUGUUCUACUGGAGAGGGAGAAGCUGCAGCCCCGGCAAGGAUGGGAAUGCUGGUGAGGGCAGCUGUGCUUGUGAGUCCUCUUCUCUUCUGCAACGCUUUUCUGGAUCUGACUGGUCCCAACAUGGUCGGAGGCAUAUGGAAGGGAUCUACCAUCUUGCCAUGUGCCUAUGUGCCCGAGGAGGACUUUGUGCAGCACUCACUUGUGUGGACUGUGGUACACGACCAGGGCUCUGGCACCAUCUUUCGAAGGGAUAGCUCUGGUGACCACGUUCUCCUGUCCGAGUACAGAGGCAGGGUCAACGUCCUGAAGGAUGCCCCAGGGAACGUGUCUCUCCACAUCCUGAGCCUGGAAUUCUCUGACAGGGGGACCUACACUUGCCGGGUCACCUGGAGAGCCAGAAAUAACAGCCUGGUAACAAAGGACAUCACCACUAAACUGGAGGUUGUUAAAGUUGCAGUGACCAAGCCCACCAUCAGGGCAGGUGAACUGGGGCUGAGUGUCCCAGUUGGAGCCAGAACCAGCCUGACCUGCGUGGCCAGUGGGUCUCCCCCCAUCAGCUACCGCUGGUUCAGGAGCAGCCCGGGACAGAAAACCCAGCUCCUGAGCAACCAGGCUGAGCUGGUGUGGGACAACCUGCAGCCCUCUGACGCCGGGACGUACUACUGUGAGGCGGAAAACAGGGUUGGGGCCAAGGCAGUGCAGCAGAGCGACGCCGUCGAGCUGAGGGUGAGAGAUCUGUCCACCACAACAGUAGCCUCUCAGAGGGAUGGUGGAACCUCAGGGAGACACCACACAACCACAGAAAAAACUCAAACGGAGCUGGUGUUUGAAGGUACCUCAGAAAUCCCUUGGGCUUCAUGGGACAUUACCACUAUUACAGAUCUGUCCAUAACAGUGACCCCUGAGAGUGGUGUGGGGUAUCCAGAAAAGAAUUAUACAACUCAGGAUAUCCCGAAGACUCGCCUGUCUCUGUACUGGGUCAUCCUGAUUGCUGUGGUUUGUGGUGCUGUGGUUUUCAUUGUCAUCUUUCUCAUCAUUUGCAUCAGAAAGCCCAAAGAAGCUCAAGUCUAUGAAGUAAAACGCCAUAACUCGAGAGCAGCAGCUUUUUCAAGAAGUCAAAGUAUGGGUCAUUAUGAGGAACCCAUCUCCUCCACUGAAAACAACUAUGUGAUGGAGUUAAUGAAAAACAAAGAAUCUGAUACAAAAAAGAAUGAAUAUGACUCUGCUGGACACACCCAGGAAUCUGAAUAUGAAGUAGGGGACACUGUAUGAGACCCAACAGUGCUCUACAGGUAGCAGCCCUGAAGAGUACUUUCGUCCAGCCAAAAUUUAUCUUCCUAUCCACCUUUGCCUCUGAAAAAUAGGUUGGACAAGCAUUUCUUGUUCUUCUGCAAUUUAUGGAGCCUUAACAAUCUCUGUAGUGAAAAUGCAAACCUCUUUAGGAACUUCAGUUGCAGACUGCUGUACAAAUCUUCUGAUUUGUUUUUUUUGGUUCCCUUUCACCACCUCUGUAGAAGAAAGCCCUUUGAAAGCUAUGGUAUGCAGAUCCCAGGCCAAGAGUAUUGUACUAAAUGUGCUGCUUUGUAUGACCAA